CUGGCUCCAGGUGCUUCCUCUCUCGUCAUGGCGCUGCCCUGGGCUCUUGCUGUCCUGAGUCUCCUCCCUCUGCUGGACGCCCAAGAUCCAGCAUGUGCCAACAUGAAGCCAGCGGCUAUCACUAAUGCCACCCUGGAGCGGAUCUCUGGCAAAUGGUUUUACAUCGCCUCUGUCUUUCACCAUCCCAAGUACAAUCAAUCAGUUGGAGAAAUCCAGGCGACCUUCUUUUACUUCACCCCCAACAUCACGGAGGAUGUGAUACUACUCAGACAAUACACGACCAUGCGCGGCCAGUGUAUCUAUAACUCCAGCUACCUGGGGAUCCAGCGGGAGAAUGGGACCCUCUCCAAAUAUGUGGGGGGCACACAAAAUUUUGUCAACCUACUGUUCACCAAGGACCCCACGACCUACAUGUUUUCUUUCUACCUGGAAGACGAACCGAACCAGGGGCUGUCCUUCUACGCUCGGAAGCAGGAGGUAACCCAGGAACAACUGAGAGAGUUCCACGAAGCCCUCAAGUGCGUGGGUCUCCAGGAGACGGAAAUCUUGUACGCUGAUGGCAAAAAGGACCUGUGUGGGCCGCUGGAGAAGCAGCAUGAGGAGGAGAGGAAGAAGGAAAACAUUGGGUCCCAGGUAGAUACAGAGUCAGGCUAGGACCCUGGGGACUUUUGUGUCCCAUCCUCUUCCUCCUGCCAGCCCUUGUAUCUAUCGCAUGCAGUUAUGUCAAUAAAGCUUCUGUGUAUUUGCAGCAGGCUGGCCAGGUCUCUUGUUCAUUUUUUUGUUCAUUCAUUCAUUCAUGUUGAAGCUGCCCUGAGCGGAGCUCUCGCUGGGCAU